CCGUAGGUCCCGUAGGUAGAUCUGGUGGAAGAUGACGUUCAACAUAGGUACCGUGUAGCUCAUUUGAUCUAAAAGCUACAUAUUACUUAGAGUUGCAGAUGUUAUGUGUAAACUCUAGAUAGAUUAUUGUUUUCAUUUGUUAGCGAUUUAAUUAGCUAGUCGGUUUAUUGACGGUGAUUUCGUUAACUAGCAAUAGUAGCUAACAUUAGCUCGCAGGCUACAGCUGGUCUAACGCAGGGUUUUCUGGGUGCACGUUUUGGUUUUUGCCGAGGUCAGGGCUACACUGGCUGUCUCACUACGAAAUAACUACGGUCUAUGCUCUGAGAUUACAUUUGAUUACUUUGCAAUGUUAACUAUAUUGACCAGAUUUCAAAGCCGAAGAUGGUUUGUCCAAGAGAUAAGUCGACUAUUUGCACAAGUUUGCGUUAGGCACGAGUUCAUUGGCAGCUUGUUGCUAGGGCUCAAAAGCAACUUGGCAGCACAGAGGAAAACAACUGGAAUCAUGAAUGUCAGCACGUCCUGUGCAUUGUGCGCCAAACCUCGAAUUUCUAAAAAGAAAGAACUUUCAGAAAAGAAACUGACUCGCCACUUUGUGGACCACCGCAAUGUAAAGCUACUGGCUGGAGCAGGUGGAAAAGGGGCCUGCACCUUCCACAGUGAGCCCCGGAAAGAGUGGGGUGGACCAGACGGAGGGAAUGGAGGAGAUGGUGGGAACAUAAUCAUCAAAGUCGACCUGCAGGUGAAAUCCCUGGCGCAGGUCGCCCCUGUUUACAAAGGAGACAACGGCGAUUCAGGAGGCAGUAAGAACUGCUACGGACGCAACGCCAGCUCAACCUACAUCGCUGUGCCAGUGGGCACGGUGGUGAAGGAGCAAGGGAAGACGGUGUCAGACCUCUCCCAGCACAACCAGGAGUAUGUGGCUGUGUUUGGGGGGGCGGGGGGAAAGGGAAACCGCUUCUUCCUGUCCAAUGAGAACCGCGCCCCCAUGACAGCCACCCUGGGAGAGAGGGGACAGGAGAGGGUCCUCCAGCUGGAGCUGCGCACCAUGGCCCACGCCGGACUGGUUGGGUUUCCCAAUGCAGGGAAGUCUUCCCUUCUAAGGGCCAUAUCCAAUGCCAGGCCUGCUGUGGCUGCCUACCCUUUUACCACCCUUAACCCCCAUGUGGGUAUUGUCAACUACAGGGACCAUGAGCAAGUGGCAGUGGCUGACAUUCCUGGUAUCAUCUGUGGGGCCCAUCUGAACCGAGGCCUAGGGAUCUCCUUCCUGCGCCAUAUUGAGCGCUGUCGCUUCCUUCUCUUUGUCCUGGACCUGUCCUCCCCAGAACCCUGGACUCAGCUCCAACAACUGCGCUAUGAGCUGGACCAGUAUGAGCCCGGCCUCACCCACCGGCCUCACGCUAUCGUAGCCAACAAAAUGGACCUGCCUGGGGCUCGGGGAAACCUUGAGGCCCUCCGGGGCCACGUGGCACACAGGGUGAUCCCUGUGUCUGCCCUCACCGGCCAGAACACAGAGGAGCUGAUCCUGCACCUCAGGGAGUUAUAUGAUGGCUAUCUACAGACCCAUGGACAGGGCAGUGGGCAGGACAUGCCCACCAGGUAGUAGGUCUGCCCUGGAAAAGGACUGAAAGACUUCCAUGCCUUUUCCUCACUGCGCCCCACCUGCUAAGUGUAUUUUGUUUAAAUUAUAGAACUAAAUAAAUACACUGCUCAAAAAAAUAAAGGGAACACUAAAAUAACACAUCUCAAUGAAUGAAAUAUUCUUAUUAAAUACUUUUCUUUAUGUAGUUGAAU